AUGUCAGAUCGAAAGCUUCCUACGGGGCUCAGUGGAGAAUCCUCCACGACAUCUUCCUCAGUCUUCUUCCUCAGCCUAUUGAUGCGCGAAAAUCCAUUCUACGACACCCACAGAAUCCUACAUAUACCCAGCCUCUACACCUGCGUCCGUACGCAGCAUCAACGAUUCAUUGCGACGAUCGUGCGGGCUGCGCAGUUCGUCCAUCCGAUUGAGCAUCUAUUGGCUGCCACAGUUGCUGGGGAGGCCAUUUAG